CGCCGCGCGGCGCGUGCGAGCCGCCUGGGCGGCCGCCGGGCGUCUGGGAGCGGCCCGCCGCGCAGGAGCGGCAGCCCCAGGACCUCAGGCUCCCCGCAGAGGCGCGCCCGCCGCCCGAGGAGCGUGCCCGCGCCGCGCCGCGGGCCGCGGAGCGCAGCCCACGGGCGGGCCACCGCCGCCGCGCGCCCGGCGAGGGCUGGAUGCGAGGCGAGCCGCAGGCGGUGCCCUCCCACGCCUCGGAGGAGUGGUGCGCCGCCCGAGGAUCCUGCGGGGGCCGGCACGACGACCCCGGGGACGCGCUGUUCCAGGGCCAGCUCGAGGCUGCCCUCGAGGGCCUCCGCGGCUACAGCGGCGGCCGAGCUCCGCUGCCGCUGCUGCGCGGCGGCCAGUCGUGCGCGCCGCGGGAGGACGCCGCCCCCGACGCUGCGCCGGCGGCGGCGCCGCCGCCGCCGCCACCGGGGAGCGGCGCGGGGAGCCGCAGGUCGCGCCGCCUCCCCCCGCUCGGCCGCGGCCUGAACUCGUACGAGGCGGAGCCGCUCACGCCGGCCUCCGAGUGCGCGUGGACGCCCUGCGAGGAGUUCGAGUCCUUCGAGAGCGAGGCCUCCACGGUUGCCUCCGAGAGCGAGGAGGUCGAGAUCGUGGAGGACGAGAUCGGGGGCCAUCCCCGGGCUGCGCGCGAGUUCGAGGCGCUCGAGGGAGCGUUGCAGGCUGCAGAACAACGGGUGCAGGCUGCAGAGGAGCGCGCCCUGGCGGCGGAGUCAGCAGCAGCGAGCGCAGGCGCCGCCGUGAACAGGCCCGUGGCAGCGGCGAGGGCCGCGCCUCAGGACCUGGUGGACACUCGGCUUCUGGCGAAGCCGAAGGCGUUCGGAGGCAGCGAGGACGAGUGGCCAGGGUGGAGCUUCAAGAUGCUCGCGUACCUCGGGGCCCUCGACGAGCAGAUGGCCAACGAGCUGACAGCAGCCAUGACGUUCCCGCUGGAGGAAGUGAGGAACGCGAGACUCCUGGAGGAGGGAGCGAGUCAGCGCAGUCGCCAGCUGUACUUUAUCCUCGUCCUGCUGCUGGAAGGAGCCGCACUGCAGCUCAUCAAGCCAGUCGGCGUCGGAGAAGGUUAUCGGGCGUGGAGGACGUUGCAAGACAUGUACGAGCCCGACAGACCAGGUCGCCAUGCAGGACUGCUGCAAGAGCUGAUCGCGUUCCAGUUCCCAGAGGACAACAUCGUGGGGAUGCUGGCGGACUUCGACUUCAAAGUCACGAAGUACGAGAGCCAGAGCCACGAGAGGAUUGGGGACAGGAUCAAGAUGGCGAUCCUCCAGAGGGGGAUUCAGGACGAGGCUCUUCGAGCGCAUCUGGUCCACAAUGCGUCGAGGCUAGUCACGUGGGAGCUCAUGCGCAACGAAGUGCACAUGGUGAUCUCGACGAGGAGCGCCAUCGCAGCAGUGCCGCCACCAGUUCCGAUGGACACGAGCGCGGUGGAGAAGGCGAGGCGCGAGGCGGCGUCGAAGGGCAAAGGAAAGAAGGGCAAGGACGGCAAGGGCAGGAAGGGCAAGGGCAGCGACAACUCCACGGACCAGAAGAGCCAGGCGGCCAAAGACAGGGCCGAGAAACGAUGCUUCCACUGCCACAAGACAGGUCACGUCAAGAGCGAGUGCAGGAAGUUCCUCGCAGAGCAGAAGAAGAAGAAGGGCACCAACGCCGUCGAGCAGGAGUCGAAGCCGACGGGAGCUCCACCAGCGGCGAGCGCCGCGGGGAGCGCGGCGCCAGUGAUGGCGAUCGCGACCGAAAGCGGGGCAGAGCCAUUGUGGUGCCUCGCGAUCGAGCUGGGAGAGCUGGGCAGCCCGAUCGAGCGGCUGAGCCCGCCAGAGGCGUCAAGCGAGCACGCGCAGCCGAGGCAGCCAUUCUUGGUCGGGGCCAGUCCGAUCGAGCAGCUGAGCCAGCCAGGGGCAGCAAGCGAGCACGAGACGUUCGAGAGCAAGGAGAUCAUCGGUAUCAAUGAGCACUGGGUCAUGGUGGACUCGGGUGCUGCACGAUCGGUGUGUCCGCCGAGUCACGGGGCCCACGAGACGCUCAGAGACCUGAGCGAGCGCAUCAGGCUGGUCGGAGCGAGCGGCGACGACAUCCCGUGCCACGGCGAGCGCUUCGUCACGUACACGAAGGGCGGGCACAAGAUCGGGGUGGACUACAAGGUCGCCGACGUCAAGAGGCCAGUGCUGGGCGUGUCGCAGGCGGUCGACAAGGGUACGUCGUGGGUAUUCACGCCGAGCGGGAGCUACAUGAUCCCGAAGCCGAUCGAGUUCUCGGACCCAGACGCCGUGCCGCUGGUCAGACGCAACGACCUGUUCUACCUCAAGAUGGACAGGUACGGUGAAGGCGUCAAGAACUCGCUCGUCAUGCCGGUGCGGGGCGAGGAGCCAGGAGGCGAGCCUGGCGGCGCAUCAGCUGCGUCCAGGGCAGCGGCGAGGGCCGCGCUCCAGGGCGGCAGCGGCGGAGGGGCCGCCGCGACUCGCGCUCAGGCCGAGGCGAGCGAGCCAGCAGCGCAGGCAGAGCUCGAGGAGUCCGUGCCAGUCCGAGUCAAGAAGGAUCCAGUGAAGCCAAGCUUGGCCGAGCAGAGGACGCACGAGCUGGUGCACAUCCCUGCGAGGUCCUGGUGCUGGGUGUGCGUCAGAUCCAAGUUCACGGACGACCCACACUACAAGGCUGGGCACGAGCGCACGGGCGACGAGGUCCAGAUCGACUACUACUUCCUGGGCCAGCUGAGCAUCCUCAACAUGGUGCACAUGAACUCCCAGGCUAUUCAUGGCAUCAUGGGGCCGAAGGGUACCGACGCCUACAUGAUCAAGACAGCGGUCGCCACCAUCGAGAACUGGGGGCUGGAUCGCAUCGUGCUGAAGCACGACCAGGAGGCGUCGAUCACGGCCCUGGCGAGGGAGAUCAAGGCUCAGAGGAAGGCGCCCACGAUGAUCGAGUCGGCUCAGCGGGCUAACCAUCAGGGAGUUGGUGGAGUGGAGCGCGCCAACGAGGAGCUCGGCAAGCAGAUCAGGGCGCUGCUGUUCUCGGUGGGCGACAACUACAAGCGGGAGCUCCCAGCCGAGCAUGGGCUCCUACCUUGGCUCAUUCGGCACGCUGGCUGGCAGCUCAACCGCUUCACGAUGCACGGCAACGGCAAGACGACCUACGAGGUGCUCAAGGGGAGGCCGUAUCGGGGCGAGCUCGUCAACUUCGCGGAGUGCGUUUGGGCGAGGGACCCCACGCCGACCUCCAAGCUGCAGCCUCGGUGGCACGCGGCGGUGUGGCUGGGCAAGACAGAGGUCUCGGACGAGCACCUGGUGGCGGGUCCGACGCGCACGACAAGGGUACGCACGGUAAGACGGCGGCCGGAGGGUGAGCGGUUCGUGCUGGAGGAGCUGGACAAGUUCGCUGGGGUGCCGUGGGACAUGACCGUGGAGCCGAACCAGCAGCGGCUGCUGCCGCCACCUCCGCCACCGCCAGUGGUCUUGCCAGCCGCGGGCCCGGAGGCGCUGGUGCCACCAGCGAUGGUCGGGCCGGCGCCGCCCACGGGGCCAGGAGGCGCAGGGCUGAGAUCGACGUACAUCACGAGAGCGCUGAUCGACAAGUACGGCUGGACCCCCAUGUGCCCGAGGUGCGUCACAGGCAUGGGAUCGCACAGCGAGGAGUGCCGGAAGAGGAUCGAGAACGAGCUGCGCAAGGAGGAAAUGGCCAGGGCAGCGGCGGAGGCCGCGCCCUCGUCGGCAGCGGCGGGGGCUGCGCCGACGCCGGCGGCGGCUGGAGCCGCGCCGGGGCCAGCGGCUGGAGCUGGAGACGGCAGGCCAGGAUCGUCCGGGGAUGCCAGCAUGGCACCUCGCGAUGACCAGGGCGAGGCUUCGGCGAAGAGGCCGCGCCAGACAGCGGCGAUCACAGUCGGGUCGCUCGCGGUCGGGGCCUUCGUGGAGAUCAAUCCCUGCACGUAUGAGGGCCUAGACCAGCAGUCUCACGAGGAGCUCGAGACGGUCACGGAGAUCGAGAGCUGCGAGCCGCUGGAGAUCGGGAUGUUCGAGGUCGGCUCCGUCGAGCCGUCGGCGAUCACGGUCCUGCCAGACGCGGAGAAGCACGUGUACGACGCGAGGAGCGGGAAGGAGCUCCCCAGGGACCUGGUCAGGCGCGGACGCGAGGCCGAGAUCGAGGAGAUGCGGCGACACGGCGUCUUCGAGGAGGUCCGCGUGGCCGAGAGUCGGGGCAAGGUGGUGCGUUUCAAGUGGGUCGAGGACCUGCGCACCAAGGCCAUGUACGGCACGCGCAAGGCGGCACAGGCUUGGCAGGAGUACGUGGCCGGGGUGUUCAAGAAGAACAACUGGACGCGCAUCGCAGUGGCGGCGGGCGUGUACCACGAGCCUCUCUUGGACAUGACCUCGGCGAUCCACGGUGACGACAUCCUGACCGAGGGCGAGGAGGAGUCCCUGGAUGUCCUGGACCAGCAGCUGAUGGCGAGCAUGGACGUCAAGUGCAUCGGUCGUGUCGGGCCGGAUGGCGUCCGCGAGCUCCCGUACCUCAAGCGCAAGAUCAGGUGGACAGGCAAGGGAUUCGUCUGGAUCGGCGACACGAAGCACGUGACGAGAUGCGUGGAGCUGCUGGGCCUUACGGAGUGCAAGCCAGCGGACACGCCUGGGAGCAAGGCCACGGGCAAGAGCGUCCGGGAGGCGCUGGACCCACUUCCACACGACGAGGCGAAGCUCUACCAGCAGGUCGCGGGGCUCGUCAACUACGUGGCGGUAGACAGGCCAGACAUCCAGUUCGCAGUGAAGGUGAUCCUUACGGACAUGGGAAAGCCCACAGUCAUCAGCAUGCUUAGGCUGAGGCGGUGUGUGCGGUAUCUCCACGGUCGGCGCGAGCUCGGGUGGUUCUACGAGAAGCAGGAGAUGCCGAAGGAGGUUCUCUACGAGACGGACUCGGACUGGGCAGAGGAUGAGAUCACGAGGAAAUCGACCAGCUCCGUGUAUGGCUUCUUCGGCAGCCACCUCCUGGAGACCCAGGUGGCAUCGCAGCCCGUCGUCGCACUCAGCAGCGGAGAGGCCGAGUUCUAUGCCAUCGGCCGAGGCGCGGCGAGUGCGAUCAUGAUGCGGCAGUUCUAUCAGCAGUGUGGCAUCGAGGUCGCGUCGAAGGUUCACAGCGACUCGAAUGCAGGCAGGGCGAUCGCGACACGGAUUGGCAGUGGCAAGGUACGGCAUCUACAGAUACGGGACCUGUGGGUGCAGGAACGAGUCAGGCUCGGCGAGUUGCAGCUCGGGCGAGUCGACACGGAGAGCAACAGGAGCGACUUGGGGACCAAGCAUCUGGACGGCAAGCGGGUGCUCAAGUUGCUGGAGAUGUCCAACCUGCGGCUUCUGACCAAGGGGCUCGCCGCAGGUGUGGGCGUCACUUUCGCGGAGGCGGCCGAGCAUGGAGACAAGCAGUGCUCUGCAGCCGCCGACGACGAGGUCGAGUCGAACAUCGGCUCGAUCGUUCUCGCCAUGAUCAUGUUCAUCAUCGUGCUGGUGCUCGUGGUCAAGGGCGCAGUUAUGUGUACGAGGGGGGCGGUACAGCUCUUCUCAUCGAGGGCGGCGAGUGCUGCCCCACCAGCGGGAGCGGCGAGGGCUGCCCCGCAGGCCGACGACACGGCGAGGCCCGAGGCGUCGUCGAAGGACGCGCCUGAAGGGAAUGUCGUUUCUCGGGCGGCGGCGAUGGCCGCGCCUGAGCGGGUCGCCACAGGGCGAGACCUCGGUUCGGAGUACCUCGGGAAGAUGCUGGCUGAGGCCACCGUGGCAGAGCUCAAGGAGGAGCUCAGGUGGCGGAAGUUGCCAGUGGGCGGCUUGAAGGCGGACCUCAUCGUCCGUCUGACGAGGGACGGCGGCCAGCACAUGGCCAGCAGUGAGGGGCUAGCUGCAGCGGCAUGGGCCGCGCGGCUGGUCCCAGGCAGGGUGCCCAUCCGAGCGUUCCGCUCGGACGCUAGCCUAGGCGCGCACCUAG